AUGCGGCCUUCACUUGCCCUGCAGCUCUCCAAAGUGCAGUUGACACUGUUUACACGCGCAAACUGCGGACUCUGCGACGUGGCCAAGUCACGCAUCGUCGAAUUCAACAAGAAACAAUCAGAGCCGGUCAGAUACUCAGAGGUCGACAUUAUGGAACAAGGUCAGCAGAAGUGGAAGGAUGCUUAUGAUUUCGAUGUACCGGUGCUACAUAUCGACCGCAUUCUGGAGACGGGCAAAGACUUUCAACCCGGUCUCGACGCCGCUUGCAAACUCAUGCAUCGCUUUACCGUGGAGGAAGUGCAGAAGGCUGUUCGCCAGGUCGAGGGUGAUUCGUCUUGA